AUGGUGCAAUAUAUAUAUAGGCAGCUGAAAAGGCUGUUUUUUCAUCGUCAUCAGGCAUUUGAAUUCAUCAAUCUUCCUUGGUCUUUGGCUCUUGAAAGAUGGUAUGGUUUAUCUGAUGCAGAGAAUGUUCAAUCCUUAGUGAGUUCAAUGACAAAGAAGAAAGGUGGAUUCAGGGCUUGCAUAUUUGUACUAGCUUUGAUAACUCUCGAGAACAUUGGAUUUGUGGCGAAUAUGUCAUCAUUGGUUCUUUACUUUCACUUUGUGAUGCAAUUUGGUCUAUCCGCUUCUGCAAACACCCUCACCAAUUUCCUGGGGUCAACUUUCUUGCUCACAAUCUUUGGCGGUUUUAUAUCAGACACUUACUUGAACAGACUUUACACAUGCUUAUCAUUUGGCAUCUUGGAAGUUUUGGGAUUGCUUUUACUUUUUGUCCAAGCAGAUUCAAAUAAGUUGCAGCCUGAUCCCUGCGACAAAUCAAGUUGUGUAAGAGGUGGUAAAACUAUCAUGUUCUAUUGCACCAUCUUCCUUUUGGCAGUAGGUGCUGGUGGAGUUAAAGGAUCAGUUGCUGCACUUGGUGCUGAUCAAUUUGAUCAAAAGGAUGAAAAGGAAGCAAAGGCACUUGCAAGCUAUUUCAACUCCUAUCAAUUCAGUGUAACCAUAGGAUCAAUUAUAGGUGUUACUAUUGUGGUUUGGGUAGCUAUGAACAAAGGUUGGCACUGGGGAUUUUUGAUAUCUCUAAUUACUACUUCUAUUGGUAUGGUGGUUCUAGCACUUGGAAAGCCUUUCUAUCGCCUUCCAUCCCAAAGCACCAGCCCCCUGGUCAAGAUAUCUCAGGUUAUAGUUGCUGCAAUACGUAACAGAAAUGUACCGCUACCAGAAAAUCCCAGUGAGUUAUACGAGACUGAUGACAAAGAUGCAAUUUCACAUACUAGCCAAUUCAGGCUGUUAGACAAAGCAGCUAGUGUUCGAGGAGGGAGGGCUGCUAGUGUUCGAGAAGAGAGAGCUCCAGAUCCAUGGAAAGUAUGCACAGUAACACAAGUAGAAGAAGUCAAAAUACUCAUCAGGAUGCUCCCAAUUAUUCUGAGUACAGUUAUAAUGAACACGUGCAUGGCACAGAUGCAGACAUAUUCAGUACUUCAAGGAUAUUUCAUGAAUACCCAUUUGGGAUCUUUCAAAGUUCCUUCAGCUUCAAUACCAGUGAUUCCCCUAAUUUUCAUGUCUCUUCUUCUGCCAGUCUACGAGUUUUACUUCGUCCCACUCGCUCGAAAAAUCACUGGUCACCCAACAGGUAUCACUCAGCUUCAGCGUGUAGGCAUCGGUCUUGUACUUGCCAUCAUCUCAAUGGCCAUUGCAGGAAUGGUUGAGAUCAAAAGAAGACAUAAAGCAAUAAAGGACCCAUUGCAUCCUAUAAGUCUUUUCUGGCUGUCUUUCCAAUAUGGAGUCUUUGGCGUUGCUGACAUGUUCACAGUGAUCGGACUAAUGGAGUUCUUCUACAGGGAGGCUCCCAAAUGGAUGAGAUCUCUUUCCACUUCAUUUGCACUCUUAUCACUCUCAUUGGGAUACUUUUUAAGUACUGCCUUUGUCAAUCUUGUGAAUAUUGUAACCAAGAAGGUGACUCCAAGCAAACAAGGAUGGUUAGAGGCACCAGAUUUGAACCACAAUAAGUUGGAGCUUUUUUACUGGUUUUUAGCCAUCCUAAGCUUACUCAACUUUGCUAACUAUCUCUUUUGGGCUUCAUGGUACAAGUAUAAAUCAACUGCACAAGAUGCUGGAACUCAUGGCAGGGUUGGGAGAGGAACAUCCGCUGUAGCAGCUGAAGAUUGA